AUGGCGAGUGAAGAAUCGAAGGCACCCUCCUUCUUCCUCUUGGUCUUCUUCUCAUUGUCGCUCGUGUGCUGCGCUGGGGCGUCCAAUGGCGCUGCCGCCACGGGCGACGACGCGGCGAUGCUGCUGGCCAUCAGGGCCUCGCUCGUCGACACACUGGGGGAGCUCCGCGGCUGGGGCUCGGCGCCGCAUUGCGGCUGGAAGGGCGUGCGCUGCGACGACCGGGGCGCGAUCACCGGCCUUGACCUCGCGGGCCUGAACCUGAGCGGUGCCGUCCCGGACGACGUCCUCGGCCUCAGCGCGCUCACCUCGGUCGUGCUCCGCGGCAACGCGUUCGCGGGCGAGCUGCCCGCGGCGUUGGUGUCGAUCCCGACGCUCCGGGAGCUCGACGUCAGCGACAACGGCUUCGCCGGUCGGUUCCCGGCCGGCCUCGGCUCGUGCGCCUCACUGGCGCAUUUCAACUCGUCCGGCAACAACUUCGUCGGGCCGCUCCCGGCCGACCUCGGCAACGCCACCGAGCUCGAGACGCUCGACGUCAGGGGCGGCUUCUUCUCUGGCACAAUCCCCGAGAGCUACGGCAGGCUCCGGAAGCUCAAGUUCUUGGGGCUCGCGGGCAACAACCUCAGCGGCGCUCUCCCGGCUGUGCUAUUCGAGCUCACGGCGUUGGAGCAGAUCAUCAUCGGCUACAACGAGUUCACCGGCCCGAUCCCGGCGGCCAUUGGCAAGCUCAAGAACCUCCGGUACCUUGACAUGGCGAUUGGCGGCUUGGAAGGCCCCAUCCCACCCGAGCUCGGCCGGCUGCCGGUGCUCGACACCGUGUUCCUUUACGGGAACAACAUCGGCGGCGAGAUACCGAAGGAGCUCGGCAACCUGUCCUCCCUCGUCAUGCUUGACCUCUCCGAAAACGCACUCACCGGCGCGAUCCCACCGGAGCUGGCGCAGCUCGCCCACCUGCUGCUGCUCAACCUCAUGUGCAACCGGCUCAAGGGCGACGUCCCGGCGGGCGUCGGUGAGCUUCCCAGGCUUGAGGUGCUCCAGCUGUGGAACAACUCCCUCACCGGCCCGCUGCCGCUGUCGCUCGGCGCUGCGCAGCCACUGCAGUGGCUCGACGUGUCGACGAACGCGCUCUCCGGGCCGGUGCCCGCCGGCCUCUGCGGCAGCGGCAACCUGACCGGGCUGAUACUGUUCAACAAUGCCUUCACGGGCCCGAUCCCGACGAGCCUCGCCACGUGCUCGUCGCUGGUCCGCGUGCGCGCGCACAACAACCGUCUGAACGGCGCGGUGCCGACGGCGCUCGGGCGGUUGCAUCGCCUGGAUCGCCUGGAGCUGGCCGGGAAUGGGCUCUCCGGCGAGAUCCCGGACGACCUGGCGCUCUCGACGUCGCUCUCCUUCAUCGACCUCUCGCGCAACCGGCUGCGGUCGGCACUGCCGCCGCGCAUCCUGUCCAUUCCGACGCUGCAGACGUUCGCCGCAGCGGGGAACGAGCUGACCGGAGGCGUUCCGGACGAGCUGGGCGGUUGCCGGGCACUCUCCGCGCUCGACCUGUCGGGCAACCGGCUCUCCGGCGCCAUCCCGGCGGGUCUUGCGUCGUGCCAGCAGCUCGCGUCGCUGAUCCUCAGGAGAAACAGCCUCGCCGGCGAGAUCCCCAGGCCGUUCGCCACGAUGCCGGCACUGUCCGUCCUCGACCUCUCCAACAACCUCCUCUCCGGCGAGAUACCGAGCAACCUGGGCAGCUCGCCGGCGCUCGAGAUGCUCAGCGUGGCGCACAACAACCUCACCGGUCCCGUGCCGGCGACGGGGCUGCUGAGGACGAUCAGCCCCAACGACCUCGCGGGGAACCCGGGCCUCUGCGGUGGAGUCCUGCCACCGUGCACGGCCAGCGCUCCGCGAGCUUCGGCCUCCAUACUCCGGCGCUCGCACGUGAAGCACAACGUCGCCGUCGGUUGGGCGAUCCGCAUCUCGGUCGCACUACUCGUGGCAUGCGGCGGAGCCCUCUUUCUUGGUUUGGUGCUAUACCGGCGGAGGUACGUCAAUGGUGGCGGGUGCUGCGACGACGCCGUCGAGGAUGACGGGAGAAGCAGCUCAACGGCGUUUCAGCGGCUAAGUUUUACCGACGCGCAGGCGCUCGCAUGCGUCAAGGAGGACAAUAUCGUCGGGCAGCAAGUCAAGCAAGAAGUAGGAUGCGAUGGUAUAGGAGCACAAAAUCAUAAGUAGAACGCACAUGUUCCCUCUGUAACAAAAUAUACAAACGUCUUAUAUUUUGUUACAGAGAGAGUACGUAGUAAUAAAGUGCU